CUCUUUUUAUAUUCUGAUGAGACGCAGAUAGAGCUCUGAUCUAAGAUAAAUUAGGAGUAAUAAUAAUAUCAUCGAGGAAGCAUGAAGAAGUUGAGAUUCGAAUACGAGGAGGAAUACAUAAAAAACUCGAGAGGUGUUGAGUUGUUCGCUUGCAGAUGGGUUCCAUCUUCUUCACCCCGAGCUCUGGUCUUCCUCUGCCAUGGUUACGCAAUGGAGUGCAGCAGCUUCAUGAGAGAAUGCGGAAUACGGCUGGCAGCAGCGGGAUACGCAGUGUUUGGGAUGGACUACGAGGGACAUGGUCGGUCCAAGGGCGCUCGUUGCUAUAUCAAAAAGUUUAGUAAUAUAGUAAAUGAUUGCUAUGACUAUUACACGUUCAUCUCUGCACAAGAAGAAUACAAAGAGAAAGGAAGAUUUUUGUAUGGGGAAUCAAUGGGAGGUGCAGUUGCUUUGUUGCUUCACAAGAAAUAUCCUUCUUUUUGGAACGGUGCCAUUCUCGUUGCUCCUAUGUGUAAGAUAUCAGAGAAGGUGAAACCACACCCAGUGGUCAUAAAUCUACUAACAAGAGUUGAAGAUAUUAUACCAAAAUGGAAGAUCGUUCCUACAAAAGAUGUAAUCGAUGCUGCUUUCAAGGACCCUGUCAAGCGCGAAGAGAUAAGGAACAACAAGCUGAUAUAUCAAGACAAGCCAAGACUCAAAACCGCACUCGAAAUGCUUAGAACGAGCAUGGACCUCGAAGAAACCCUCCACGAGAUCACGUUGCCUUUCCUUGUCCUCCACGGUGAAGCAGACAUUGUGACUGAUCCAGAGAUAAGCAAAGCCUUGUUCGAGAAAGCAAGCACACGUGACAAAACCAUCAAGCUUUACCCAGGCAUGUGGCACGGGUUAACUUCUGGUGAGCCUGACGCUAACGUGGACCUCGUUUUCGCUGACAUUGUGAAUUGGCUUGACGUACGUACCGGCGACUCCGCUUCUCUUACCACCGUCACUCCCAUACGAGGUAAUAAUACCUCCAAUGUUGAAAAGGUCGUGGACGGCGUUAGUAACAACAGUCAAGAGAAAUCUAAACGACCACAAGCUACUAGUACUCACCUUUGUGGGUUAAACGGUGGUGGACGCCGCUUGGUCCAUCGAUCUUCAAUGUAAUAAAUAAACUAAACAGAGAAGAAUCUGCUUUAUUCUGUUGUCAGUCCAUAUGAAUUAUUAAUGGGCCAUAAUAAUAAUAUUUUAACAAUUUAGAAAUGGGCUUUA